UGUUUAAAUAGCCGCUUGACAAUUAUCAUUGUUUAUAAAUAAAACUGUGGUCACUGAAUAGGAAAUGGUUGGAGAGUUCCUUUGGAAUUGAUUCUGGAACAGUUUGAAUAAUUAACAAUUCUAUUGUAGAGCUUAAAGCCUAAUGAAGAAAAUGGACAGAGGUGCCUUUUUUUGUGUGAUAUUUAAAUAAUUGACAAACAAAAAAUGGACCUACACCAUGUGUACAUUAAAAGAAUAAAUUUCAAUAUAACAGACAUACAAACAUGAAUGAACUUCUUACAAACUUCAAGCCUAAAUCAAAAUGGAAUGAAAAGACAGACUUGUACUGGACACUUAAUGGGAAAGGAUCAUCAAUACCAGAAAUCUCAAGAAUAAAGUAUUAUGUAAAACUGAUACUGAUAGGAGAUUCUACUGUAGGUAAAUCAUCUUUACUCAGAUCUUACUGUAGAUGUUCUUUGUGUUCUCAAGAUUUAAUACUACAGAAAAGACUUACUGCAAUCCAAAAGUGCCACAAUAAACAAAUACAACUACAAGACAGUCAUAUUCAACUCAGGAUAUUCGACACAGCAGGUGAAGAAAGAUACAGAAGUAUAACUCCAUCAUAUUACCGAGGGGCUCAUGGUUGUCUUUUGAUGUUUGAUGUCACUAAAAUCCAUACCUUUGAACAUAUUCCCUCAUGGUUUCAAGAUCUACAACAGUACGCUCUUCAUCCAGAAAACUUAGUGAUAAUUCUUGUUGGCACAAAGUGUCAUGACAAUGAGAAAAGGGAAGUAACCAGAGAAAAAGCUGAAGCACUUGCUGAACAUCUUGAAAUUAUGUACAUUGAAAUUAGUUCUGAGGAGGAUAUGAAUAUCUCGGAAGCUUUUGAAAAACUGACAACAAAAAUUAUUGAAACAUUCAGAAGAGACCCAAAGGUGUACUCCACUGCCGAUAUCACUUGCCUCAUUGGAAAACAAGACAGAAGAAAUGCUCAAGAAAAAGACAAAUGCUCUUGCUGAUACAGAAUUUUUGCAAUGUUUUUACUGGAUGGAUUUUGCAAAAAGAGCCACAUUUUAAAUUUUGACAGCAUUAUUUGUAUGGAGAAUUUCCUGAAGUUGUGAUAAUUUAUCUCAUAUUUUUUUGUCCAUCAAUCAACAAUCACAUAAAUAAACAUGAUAAAUGCAUGCAAUUUCUGAAUCUGAAGUAAAAAGGGGUAAUAAUAUUUGACGAAUCCACCACAAAUGAAAUUCCAGUUCUGUGAUUGAAGAUAGCAAACUAAUUAAAACAAUUUAUAAUAUGCAAGUUCCAUAUGGCACCCCCACCAUACUAAAAGAACACAAUAAUGUAUUACAGUUUAUUCCGUAGGGGUGCCAUAUGGAACUCUUUCCAAUAUAUGUCCUAAGGUGGUGUUUUUGGUGUAAAAUUCAAUGUGCCAUAGUUGUGCAGAAGUUGUGAAACUAAGUAGUAUUUAUGAAAUACUUACAAAUUGCUCUUGUAGAUUAUGUUGUAUAACCAUUUUAAUUUAACAAUAUAUAAAUAACACAUAGUUGAGAGGGUGAUAGAGCAGAUUGUUACCCCGAGAAAACAUUGUCAACUGAGGCGAAGCCAAGGUUGACAAUGUCUUUUCGAGGGGUAACAAUCUGCUCUAUCACCCUCUCAGAUAUGUGUUAUUUAAUUUAUUAUACUGAAUGUUCUGUUAUUACUGUCUAUUAAAUUUCAAAUUCAAAGUAAUAAACUAUGACGUCUUGUACAUAACAACCAUCUGUAUUUAAUAAAGCGCACACUUGAUCAAGCGUCUCCGUAAAAGUAAUAGAGUAUUUGCCAUAGGAUAGAGUCGUAUUUAAUAAAGCGCACACUUGAUCAAGCGUCUCCGUGAAGGGUAAUAGAGUAUUUACCAUAGAAUAGAGUAAAUUAACACCCUUGUAUAAGCCAAUCAAAAUAUUGCAUUUUUACGUGAAGUAUAAUAUUAGAAAUUGUUUAAAAUAAAAAGACAAAAAUAAAAUAAUUCUGGGAAACAUUAAAAUCUCAAGCUAGGUAUGUUUGCUAAAUGUUUUUCUAUAAAUAUUAUACUAAGUUAAUCAGUGAGCAUACUUUACCAUGUUUACACAAAUGCUUUAUCAUAUAUGUUAAUUCUAUACCUAUGUUUAUAUUGGAAUACUGUACUUUUAGAAUGUUUUAACACAUUAAACAUGUUUAUUUAAAUGCAUAAGAAACUGAAUAAAUUAGCUAAUUGUU